AAAAAGAGUUCAUACAAAUGGAUUGACGCAAGGAGCAUGGCGACGCCUAUGCAUAGAUUAAUUGCUCGAAGGCAAGCGGAGGCAAACAAACAGCAUGUUCGCUGCCAAAAGUGCCUGGAACAUGGACACUGGUCAUAUGAAUGCACUGGUAAAAGAAAGUACCUUUAUAGACCGUCAAGAACAACCGAGCUGAAGAAGAAGCUUAAAGAAAACGAGAAAAAAGACGCCGAUAUCACAGGACAUGGACCGUUAUCACUGAGUGAAAAGAAGACAAAGAAAAAAAGGUCCAAGUCCUCCAGUAGCUCCAGCAGCGACGGUGACUCAGACAGCUCCUCCAGCGACUCCUCCUCAGACAGCAGCGACUCCUCCGGCUCCUCGUCGUCCUCCGAAGACGCUGGUGACAGCAGUGACAGUGAAGACAGCUCCAGCUCUUCCUCUUCCUCCUCUGCUUCCUCUUCUUCUUCCUCCAGCUCUGACUCCUAUUCAGACUCGUCCAGUGGCAGCAGUUCGGACCAAGGUCCUCCCAAGAAACGGAAAAAAAAGAAAUAAAGCAAACUGAUUUGUCUGCACUUUUCAAUUCGGAGCUGUUGUAUAUCAUACAUUGAUUGUGAAAGGGAGGUGGUUUAUAAUUUCCAUCUGCACCAAGUUAGUUUCCAUCUACACUUUGAGCCUCUUCCUUAGUUAUUGAUCCUCAACACUGGGUGGUAAAGCAGAAGUAAAUCUAUGGGUUACAACUAUAACUAUGAAUUCUGAUUUUCACCCUUAACCAAACACUGGGUACAUAUGUUUUCCUGAAUAUGAUAUCACCCGAGUGUAGACGUGUCCAGCUCUUUAUUUUCCUUUAACUUUUCUUUCUGUUGUGCUUCACUCUCAGCAACCUUGUUAAUACGUUUUUUUAUUUGGCGUAGUGCAGAUUGUUAAUUUCCCUUUAAAUCUAAAGGUUGCAUUAUUUAAAUAUUAAAUGACAUCUAAAAAGCAUUGAGGAAAUUGACAUUGAUGGUGCCCUUGGUCAUACCUUGCUACACAUGACAAUCUGACAUGAGCAGUGCUGUUUUUAGCUGAGACUGACGCACCAUGUUUGUUUUUGCAGGAAAUCUGGGAAUUCUAGAGUUUUGAUAUGGUCAUGUUGACAAGCCAAGGCCUUAGAUAAUGUCUGUUGAACAGGGCACUGUUUCACCCCUUCGUUGAUAUUACUGUUUGAAUCUGUUGUAUCUUGGUUCAGAGUUUCUUUUUAAUGUGAGUCAAGAAUAAAUGUAAUUUGUAUCAUACA